GUUCUGAGCAGCACUGAGCGCGCCCCGGCUCUGCGCGUAUUGUGCCGCCGGUGACCAGCAGCCGCUCAGCGUGACCCUCCCCACCUCGACGUGCACGCCGCGACGUCGGAACGUGGCAUUGUGGAUAGUGACGCCGAGCGGCGGCGUGAGAGAGUUUGUGUGUACGAGACCGAGCGGGGUGUGAAGAUGGCGGACGGGGAGGCUGAGCCGGAGAAUGGCUCCUGCCCGGACCUGGCCGCCGAAAUGCCCCGUUUGGAGGAGCGGCUGCUGGGCGUGGAAGGUCAGCUGCGGGCAGCGGGAGCCGGCGGAGGGGAAGACGAGGCCGUGCAGGCGGCGAGCGAUUACUGCCAGCGCUUCUGUCAGACUCUUCUCGAAUUUGCUGAAAAGUGGAAAGCUUCAGAAGAUUCUUUGCCAUUAUUGGAAGUGUACAUGGUGGCCAUUCAUAGUUACUCAAAUGCUCGGCCCUACCUUACCUCACAGUGCGAAAAUGUCAGCUUGGUACUUGAGCGGCUAGCUUUAAGCUGUGUCGAACUCCUUUUAUGUUUGCCACAAGAGUUGCCAGAUGAUCAUUGGCAGAAAUUUCAAGGCUCUAUUAAGGCUGCUCAUGAACGGUUAACUGAAAAUGGCAGCCAUGAGCUUUUACUCUUGUACAACAUGUCUCAAGAAGCUGGUGUGUGGAAGGAUCCAGUUCUGGGAAAGAUCCUUAACAGUCAAAUCCAGGACCCCCGCCAGGUAACGGAUGUUUUUCUGUGUUUGGAAGGCCCAUUGCUACUGGAGAUGCGAAUCAAGCGACUUCUUAAACUUACCAAAGUGGCUGAGGCAACAUCCAUGGCAAAACUAUGCUCAGACCACCCAGAGAUGAGCAAGAAAGGGCACUUCAAACAGCUCUACCUUAAAUGCCUUUGUGCAGCCUCACCAAACAUAAAGCUUAUAGAAGAGAUUGCCAAAGUAGAUUGUAAGGAUGCAUUGGAAAUGAUCUGUAAUCUGGAGUCUGAGGGAGACGAGAAAACCUCACUUAUUCUAUGUGCAGCAUUUCUUUCCCGCCAGCUACAGUUUGGUGAAAUGUACUGUGCCUGGGAAUUAACGCUGUUCUGGAGCAAACUACAAAGGAGGGUUGAGCCAUCUAUCCAGGUAUAUCUGGAAAUAUGUCGCCAACUGUCUCAGCUGACAAAAACCGUGUACCAUAUCUUCUUUCUCAUCAAAGUUAUUCAGUCAGAGACUGAAGCUGCAGGACUUCCAACCUGUAUUGAAUUGUGUGUACGAGCCCUACGAUUGGAGUCAAGUGAAAAUGCCAAGGUUAAAAUCUCUAUCUGCAAGACAAUCUCCUGUUUAUUACCUGAUGAUCUGGAGGUUAAGAGAGCCUGUCAACUCACUGAGUUUCUUUUGGAACCUACUGUGGAUGCUUACUAUGCUGUUGAAAUGCUAUACAAUCAGCCAGACCAAAAAUAUGAUGAGGAAAGUCUUCCUGUACCAAACUCGCUGCGGUGUGAACUUUUGUUGGUCUUAAAAACCAGAUGGCCUUUCGAUCCAGAGUUUUGGGACUGGAAAACUUUAAAGCGUCAAUGCCUGGCUUUAAUGGGAGAACAGGCAUCUAUUGUGUCUUCUAUUGAUGAGCUGAAUGACAAUGAAGCAUAUGAUCAAAUGGAUAAUUACCAGGAAUUGACUAAGGAUGUUACAGGAAAUGGACUUGAAAGCUUUGAUGAUGUCCCUGUUCAGGAGUUUACCAGGAAAAAACAAAGACAGAGGCCGAUUAAAAAAAUGAGAGAACAUGGAUAUGUGUCAGCUAGAUUUAGAAAUUGGCAAGCUUAUAUGCAGUACUGUGUGUUAUGUGACAAGGAGUUUCUCGGCCAUCGGAUUAUUCGUCAUGCACAAAAACAUUGCAUGGAUGGCAUCUACAGCUGCCCAAUAUGUGCAAAACAAUACACCACUAAAGAGACAUUUAUUCCUCAUGUAACAUUGCAUGUUAAGCAAUCCUGCAAAGAGAGACUGGAAACUAUGAAACCUCUCAAGCGAUUGCCAAAGUUACCUAAAAAGGAGCCUGUUUGUAAGAUUAAAAAACCAGAAACCAUUACGAAGCAAGAGAGGCAAGUGAAAAAGAACACUCUUUAUUCAGAUGACUUUAUAGUGUUCAAUGAUAAUGACAAUUCUGAUGAAAAUGAUGACAAAGAUAAAUCUGGGAAUUUUCACCCUGAAAAACCAGUCAAUGAGUUCCCUUGUCCUGUACAGUUUUGCAACAAAGGAUUUAAGUACUUCAAAAAUUUAAUUGCACAUGUGAGGGGGCACAAGGACAGUAAAGAAGCUGCACGUUUCCUUGAGAUACAAAGUAAAAAAGUAGUUUGCCAGUAUUGUAGGCGGCAGUUUGUUAGCCUGACUCACCUAAAUGAUCAUUUACAGAUGCACUGUGGAAGCCAACCAUACAUUUGCAUACAAAUGAAAUGCAAGGCAAGCUUUGAGACUUACACAGACUUAUUGGCACAUCGAAAGGAACAUCGACAUUUUAAAGCAAGAUGCAUGUUUCCCAACUGUGGGAGAAUAUUCUCUGCAGCUUACAUGCUUUUUGACCACGAAGCACAACACUAUAACACUUUUACUUGCAAGCUUGCUGACUGUGGAAAGAUCUUUCGUUCUCAACUUCAGUUAGAACAGCACCUAAGAGAGCAUGCUACUGAAACUGCACUUCCAGAAUCCAGUAAAAGUGGAGAGUUUACUGAGGUGACAAAGACAACUGUAAAGAUUGAAGGUAUUGAGUUUGAAGAAAAACUGCUUCCAGGUGGUAAUGUGAUCAACAUUAAGGUAGAGUCAUUACACUCGGCAAACACUUCAGGUUCUGUUAUAACUAAAGAUUCCGGUGUACCUGAAACAUCACUACAGUCACAGAAAAUGGCAACUGUCAGCACCUGUGAAAUGACAAAUUCUGAGCAUUUGUUAGACCAACUUAUUACACCUGCUGCUCAUUUUCUACCCACUACAAAUCUGCUAACUCAGGUUUUAGCAUCACCCUCCAAUGAUCACAAUAUGCUACCUAAGGCUGAGAUGCUGGCUCCCACAGCUUUUCCAGGGGAUUUAGGAAAUUUUAAACUGCCAUCUGUGCCUGAAGGCUUUAGUGAUCUAUUAAACCAAAACAAGCUUCUUCCAAGUGGAAUUAUAGACAAUGUCAGUGAAACACCAAGGAUGACACUCCCAGGUUUUGAAGUACAACAUUUGUCGUUAUUUCAGGAUGGGAAAAACAGCUGCCAAGAUAACUCGAGCAAAGUUCAAACUGGUGUAAUAAAUGCUGGUAAAAUAAAAAUGGAAGGUCAAGAACAAAUAAAUAUAAUGUCAUUUAAUCUACACAACCAAACUAGCCAAUUGUGUGGAAAUAAUCUUAUGUCUGGAUAUGAAGAAAAUUCUAAAUCUGAAAACAUUUUAUCAUUGUCUCUUGAAACAAGCAAUGCACUCUCAAAUGUUUUGCCACCAGUCUGUGAUGUCCCGAUUACCCCUGUUGCACCUGCCCCAAAUGAAAGGUUUAAAUGCAAUGUUGAUGGAUGCACACGCAUAUAUAAUUCUGUUCAAAGCAUAGGCAAACACAUGAAGAGUACUCACCCAGUACAUUAUGAUUAUUUUAAGACAGAGCGCAAGAAUAGAAAGAAACAAAAACCUGGAACAUCACUCCCACCAACUGAUGAGAAAUGUACUUAUUCCAUACUCCUGGGACCAGAUGUCCCAAAUAACUCUACCAUCCAACCAAACCUACAGAGCACUGCAAACCACAACUUCUGUAAUCAGUUACAACACCUUCCUAAUUCAGUCUUCCCAACACAUCUUGAAAACUUGGUGAACCCAUUACUGAGUCCUGUAGAAACUGUUAUGACCCAAGAAAUUACCAAACAUGUUGCAGAAACUCUGUUGAGCACUGAGGUUGGAAAUCUAAAUAAUGCUGGCAUGACUUCACAAAUUGAGGAUUUGGCAAAAGUUUUACCUAUGAAAUUUGAAAAUGGGUCUGAUCCAUUUCUCCCAAUGCCAACAGAAAAUGAUCCUUUGCCGGUUAUGUCUUCACUUAGUGGAAGCACAAUGUUUUCUCAGCUCGGAGUAGGUGCAGAUCAUGUUUUAACUGGAAGUGAAGCUGCAAAUUCAGUGUUCAUGAAAGAAGAUGUUGACACAGACGCAUCAUUUUCCAAACAAGUUGACAACACAGACAUAGAUGCAAGCUUUAAUUUGGAAAAAUCAUCUAGCAUGCUUUCAAACUCGGCAGACAAAACGAACGCUACUAGCAGGCCAGCAAGAAAUAAAGAGAAAAGGGUAAAGCAUAGUCCUCGUGCAAAGUUUCCUGCUAUUAUCAGAGAUGGCAAGUUUAUUUGUAGCAGAUGCUUUAGAGCUUUUACUAACCCACGAUCUUUAGGUGGCCAUUUGUCAAAACGAUCUGUAUGUAAGCCACACAAUGAUUAUGGCAUUCCUCCACUGGGUCCACAAGAUGGACAGCCUUCUGUUUUGGCAAGCAUGAUUCUGUCAACUAGUCCAAACCAAAAAGCGCAGGUGCUACCACCAUCACCCCAGCAGACCUUUAGUUCUGAAGUGAUUGCUAAACCUGAACAUUUUCUUUCAUCUGGCCAGCCUGGAAAUGAAAGUGCUCAGUAUAUAACUACUGCAUUUUCACAUCCUAGUGUUUCCAGUUUUAGCCAUAAUGAAAACAAAGCUAAUACUGUUAAACAAAAUUUUGUAGACUCAGAAAAUGAUGGUAACAGACUAUUUUCUAAUAGCAAGUCGAACGGCUGUGUGCCCAGCUCCCCACAAAUAAAUACAGUUGGCCCAUCAAAUGUUGCUGAAACGCAAGCCGUAACAACCACCUCCAGUUUACAAGAUGUUCCAAGCUUAGGAACCCUUCAUGCUAAUAACUCUGUUGGAGUGCAUCUUCCCGGGCAGCCCAUAAAUACUAAUAAUGAUUUACGCUCAAAUCCUUUGGUUAAUUCAGCUGUGGAAAACCAUGAUUUACCGAAACAAGUAAGCAGUACUAGAGUGUCUGUAAUUAGUGGUCCUCUUAGUUCUUCCAUAACCCCUGCCAAGAAAAGGAACAGCACUUCUAAGAAAAAGAAGAAGACUGACGCACCUGUGGCAGUUGAGGCUACACAUGAACUAGCAAGAAAUAUUUUGGCAGCUGUGGGAGGAAAUCUGCAAAUGUCAAUGGAUAUGCAGCCAAACCUUAUGACCUAUGGUUCUGAGUUACUAGAAAAUAUAGCAAAGAAUUUGAGCAAUGCUGACAAAGAACUGUUCAUGUCUUGUCUAAAUGAAAGCAUCAAGGCUAGCUCAGAAACGCAAGCAUUAUGUCAACUUGCUGUAAAUCAAGAAAAAAGCAAACCACCCAACACAUCUGAGUGCAAAGACGCUGACAAGCUUGAUAUACACAAAGACUUUAGAGAGAGGACAUUUGAUAACUUGAGUCCUGCUGCUACUGAAGUAUAUACCAUCAAUAGUAAUGGUCAAGAACCUUGCUCUGCUUUGCCCCAAAACCAGACUGCAGUGAAUGGUAGUAUAGAUGAUGAUUUACCUGGGCUGGUGCACAAUGUAAUGGCAGCUGGUACUGCUGCUAGCCCACUUAACAAAAUGAACAUACCUGUAUGCUCAGUCUCUCCAACCCAAGAAACCACUACCAUGUAUGAUGACCAAGUUUUAGAGAUCAUGAAUUUGGUACAGCAUCUUCAACUUGUGGAUAGUGUAAUGCUUGAACAUGUUCCAGCAUUAGAAGAGAAGUGCGCCUCUAGUGAACCUAUGCCUAUUAUGUCCAGUGUAAUUGUCCCCAAUCCAAGUCACAGUCUUGUGUCUGAACAAACCUCUGAAGUAUCUUCACCAAUAUCCGAUAAAAACAUUGCAAAACCUUUUAUUUGCCGAGAGGAGACUUGUAACUAUUGUGCAAUGACUAAGGAUGCAUUAUUUAAGCAUUAUACAAAAGUUCAUUUCUACACAACUGACAAACUCGAAGAGAUCAAAAAGCAUCAGCUAAAGUUUGCCCCUUUCAAGUGUGUUGUUCCUUCAUGUACAAAAACUUUCACCAGAAAUUCAAAUCUUCGAGCCCACUGUCAAGCAAUGCACAAUUUUACAUCUGAGGAAAUGGUCAAAUUAAAAAUUAAAAGGCCUUAUGGUAAAAAAUCUGCAAGUGAAAGUAAUGACUUUUCUUCCUCUGAAAUGCCAAAUGGAAGCCCUGAAGUGAAAAGGUGUGCAGAGUCGCAUGAUGUAAAAGUGCUCACAAAGCAAGAACCUGAAGAAUUUCAAGAAUUUCCACCUGUAAAAGCUGAAGAAUCCCCAAAAGAUGAAGUAAAGCAACCUGCUGAAAUGCCAAUUAAAGAGUCAAAACCUCUACUACUAGAUCAGAAAAACAAGAGAGGCCCAAAAAUAAACAGAAAACGAAAGGAAGAACGUAAACGCAAAAGAGCAAUGCAGAAAGAACCCAAGGUUCCUCAGGGGCCCACUUCUUAUAAACCUUAUCGGUGUGUUCAUCAAGGCUGUACAGCAGCUUUCAGUAUACAGCAAAGCUUAAUGCUUCAUUAUCAAGCUGUUCACAAGCCUGAGGCUUCGAAAUUCUCAGAAGUGGACCUAAAAAAUGAGCCUGAGGAGGGAGACAGUGGUAUCCAAGAGUUCCGAUGUACUGAGACUGAUUGCUCUCGAAUAUUUGCUACCUUUGCUAGUUUAAUUCAGCAUUAUGUGAAACUUCAUGAGAUGAUUGCAGACGAAAUUGAAAAUGUAGUGUCUUCUGCAAGUGUAGGAAAGUUUAACUGUGAUCAGAGUCAAUGUACAGCUACAUUUACAACUUGUACCAGUUACAUUGAGCACCUCGAAGACGCCCACGGCUUAAAAAUGAAGCAGGUGAAGUUUGAUGGUGAAGAAAUGUACAAGUGUGAUAUUAAAGGCUGUGACCGUGUCUAUGCUACUCGGUCAAAUUUGCUUAGGCAUAUUUUUCACAAGCACAAAGACAAACACAAGGAACAUUUAAUCAGACCAAGAAAAAUGAGUAUUGGUGAACAAGAAAACACAGAAGAAAAAAUCUAUAAGGAAAGACCCAGGGUGCCCAAACAAAAAUCUGGUGCUUUAGGCAAUGAAGUUCCUAAAACAAAGCGAUGUAAAGGCAGCAAAAUAUUCAAAGAUGUCACAGGGAAAACUGAGCAAAUGAAACCCGGACCAUUGACUCUCAAAUAUGGAAGACAUACUUAUUCAUUGAAGGAUAAAGAUGCAACCAUAGCAGAUUGCCCUGAGAGUAAUACAAAACAAUACCCAUGUAUGAUACGCGGUUGUACAUCUGUUGUCGCUAGUGAACACAAUAUUAUUAGACAUUAUAAAUCCCACAAACUAUCCAGGCCAUUUAUCUCAAGAUACAAAAAAACACUGGUUGUUUGCAAAAGACGUAGUCGCUCCCCAGCUAAAGUUAUUCCGUCUCCCAGCAUUGAACCAGCUGUUACCCCUACAAAACCAGAUAUCACAGAAGCCACCGUUUUAUCCACCGAUACCCAGCAAAAACAAUCAAACCCCAGUGUCCUCGAAAGUGGAGAUGAAUCCACGAUUUCCAAUUCUCAACAGAGUGAAAAUGACAAAGACGAGAUGGACGAACUUACUGAACUAUUCAUUUCAAAACUAAGUAAUGAGGACAGCUCCGGCUCAGAAAACCAAGCUACGGCAUCCUCCUGUGUCAGUAAUGACCUCCAGGAAACAAGUUCAUGUCAUUCCGAGCCACAAAGGACUGCUGUUGCUGUAAAAAGAACCAAUAAGCAAAAGCAAGCCACACCAAAUAAAAAAAGAAAAGUUGCUACAUCUGAAACCCAGUCUGCUGAAUCUAGCUGCGCACUUGAUGAAGAGACCAUAGUUACCGACACUGCACCUGAGGACACGCCAGCAUUUGACUUGAGCUCUUUCAAACCUAUGGGAUUUGAGGUUUCAUUCCUUAAAUUCAUUGAAGAAUCCGUUGUCAAGGAAAAGAAAACCAUAGAAAAACCUAAUUCAAACAUGGCCACACAAGCAGAACAGCAGCCUAUUGAGGAAAAGCCACAAGUGUCUGAGGAUGAAGACUCUGACUCCAAUAUAUAUUUAGUCUUUGCUAACCCUUCGCAGCUACCUAACGUAGAAGAUGUAAAGAUUGUUUUAGUUGAGGCAUUUAAUGACUACAUCGAACUUGUUGUGAAGCAGCUCAAUGAACUGAAACCUGCUGUGAUUCUUAAAAAACACCCCAUUCUUAGAGAUGAAUCUGCUAGCAUUUCAAAAGAACAAAAUGUAGACCUAGAUAGCAAAAUCACCUUAUAGGGAGAUCCUAGAAUAGUCAGAAUUCAUUUUUAUUGUGAACUAGACACCAUCAAGCAUGCAAAUGUAUUUUUAUGAGUUUGUUUUUUUUUUCUAAUUUGCGAGUGACCUAAC